UCUAAUUAAAUGUUUAUAUAGAUUCAUGUUUCAUGUGUGUCUGAUUAUCUUAUUCGCGGUUAGUUCUAUUUUUGAUUUAUAAGAAAAUUAUUACCUUAAAGUGAUGUUGGUUAUUGCAUUUGCUUCAUCUAACUAAAAAGUGAUUAACAAAUAACACAGGUAUUAUAUUAAAUAAAAAAGAAUAUUAUAAUGAAUGAAACAGUGAAUUUAAAUCUUUCUACUCAGUCUUCAAUUUUUUCUGUAACAAACGAAGAUUCGGUUGUGCCUCCGGGUACUCUCAUUUUACCAAUCACAUACCCAGUGGUACAACAACCAAGAUGGACAUCUCCGUCGAUGGAAAUUCAAAAAUUGGUCUACCAUAAAAACGAACAGGAUAAUUUAGUUACUUCGGAUACUAAAUUAGAGAAUAUACCACAUUCGCUAAAUAAUGGACAACCUAUGGCACCAGCGACAGAAGAGGAGAGUUCUGAAAGUCUUUGUUAUAAAUGUGCAGCUGUAUGUUUAUGUUGCCUAGGUCCAUGUUUGCAGAUACUUGUGAUUUCACUGCUUUAGACAAUACUUGUUGUGAUCAUUGUCUACAUUUUACGUAGGUGCUGUGACAAUUUUUUUAGACAAUUGUUUUAUUAGUUGAUGUGAAAAAUCUUUUUUAAUAAGUGUAAAUUUGUUUCUCAGUAGAUGUUAUAAGGACAUUUUCAAAGAUGCAACCUUUGAAUUUUA